GUGAAACUGAGAAGGAUAAGAAGAAACAAAGUUAUAAAAGAUCAAACACAGAAACUAGGAAAGAACCCAGAAACCAACAACAAUGGCUACUACUUUUACAGAGAAACAAGAAGCUUUGGUCAAGGAAUCAUGGGAAUUGAUGAAACAAAACAUCCCUGAAUUGAGUGUUCGUUUCUUCACCACUGUUAUAGAGAUAGCACCACAAGCAAAGCCUAUGUUCUCAUUCUUGAAGGAUACAGAUGAAAUCCCACAGAACAAUCCUAAGCUCAAAGCCCAUGCUAUGAAGGUUUUCAAGAUGACCUGCGAAUCAGCUGUGCAACUACGGGAGAAAGGUGAAGUUGUCGUCGCCGACAGCACGCUAGCGUACUUGGGUGCAGUCCAUGUUAAGAAAGGUGUUAUCGAUCCCCAUUUCGAGGUGGUCAAGGAAGCACUGUUGAGGACACUGGAAUCAGGAUUAGGAGAUAAGUGGAAUGAAGAAAUGAAAUGUGCUUGGAGUGAAGCUUAUGAUCAAUUGGCUACUGCUAUCAAAGAUGAGAUGAAAGAAGAGAGGACUAAAGCUGAUGCCUAAAUCAAUUAAAACUUUCGCUUUUCAUCUUAAUUUGGAAUUUGGUGAUGAUGCUUGUGCUUGUGCUUCAUAUUUCCAACAUGUUUUCCUUUGAAUAACGAUUGAUUAAUCAAGAUUUGGGUGUGAUUCUAGAUAGAGUUUGCGGUUUGUUCAAAUAUUUCUGUUUGUUUAAUUCCGGACCGUCUUUGGGGACCAUGGGGCUGGGGGUUGCGCCCUGUUUGUUUGUUACCAAAUUCAAUCAGUUGUGGGGAAUGGGGAUGAUAUUUUGAGGCACUGCCAUCUCAAAACCUUGUGGUUUGCUUGAGCUAUUUCGAGUCCACAUAUGUAAAGUGCAGACCAAAUUACUGUAAUAUUUUCACCAACAAACAAAGAAGAGACGGCCA